CUAACCCAGAGCAUAGCUUGCAUAUCCACAGAUUCCAUCCUCCGCCCUCAGAUCAGCCAGCUCUCCCACUCUACAUCCCACCAUGUGUUAGAACACCUUCGCACCCCCUCCAUCCACCGUCCUUGGAGCAACCGCUUCGAAUUCACAUCGAAGGUCCACUACUAGCUCUUCAAAGGCUUCUUCCAGAGGUGUCAUGGCACCUGACUAACUACUCUCCAAAGUUUCCAAUGUCUGGUGGACCCAAGUUAGCGGAACUGGCGUUCCAGCAAAUAUACCAUCGUGAGGUACAGCAUGAUGACGCUGGGGACAUGGUAAUAAGGGACGAGUACAUGGGUUGGGUAGAUAAGACAACUAUGAUUGAUUACUAUGGUGUUACGUUCGACCACCUUGUCCCAAUAGAUGAUACCAACCCAGAAGUCCUUCAGAUUAACAUCAUUGAGAUCGAAGAUGAUGCUGGCGUCUACGCCAAACGAUAUAAUAAAUUCGAUAUUAACACCGCGGAUUAUAUUGGGAAGCAGGUGUUGGGUGCGCCGAGGUGCUGUUCGACAAGGCAAGGGUCGAGUGAUAGGGAAAGGAUUAAUAAUGCGGUGAAUGAGAGGAAUAGGAACAAAACGUGACAGGCCGAGGGUCUGGCAAUGAUUUAGGCUAGGACCAUUGACAAAGAAACCACAACUCGGCAAAAAGUACACAAGAUAUGAUGUUUUCCAAUUUUCCAUCUUCCACAUCAUCAUCGGCGCAAUACGAAGUGGAAGAGUGCUACAGACUAUCCACUGCCUACCUACUGCAUUGGACUCAACGAAGAUCAAGUGCCUGCACGACAGCAGUUGAGACGGACUUUAUCUAUAAUUAUCAUCGUCGCAUUUUCAGGCGGCCAGGCGAACCUCGCCACAUACAGUACGCCCACUAUUUUUAUCACUA